GGGGCGCCACCGAGGAAGCGCCCACCAGGCUCCGGGGGCUGCCAGGCCCCGAACUGAGGAAGUUGACUGCCAGAUCACACUCUGUUGGCCCACGCAGAUAGAUUCCAUUCAUCCUUUCAAAUAUCUACACCAUAUUUGGGAUAACAUGCCAUCAUCUCACAUUGUGUUGAAAGAAGAAACCAGAAUGUUGGGGGCUGCUCAAAUAAUUAUUGGUCUGAUCCACUGUGCUCUGGGAAAAACCUGGAUACAUUUAUAUAUUAAUCAAUCUACUUCAUUUUCAACAAUCUAUUUGCCUAUAGUCUUUAUAUCAGGAUUCCCAUUUUUGGCAUCCUUAAUUUAUGUUAUAUCAGGAAUUUUUGCAAUAGUAGCAGAGAAGAAACCUUCACCAAGGUACCCAGUAACAGAGGGAGCAAAGCAAAUCUUAUCCUCAAAGAACUGCAGCUGCUUGUUAGAUCUGCCUGGUGGUUCCAUAGGGAAACUGCUCAGAGAACCUGCCUUUACCUUGCCUAAAAUAGAACUAUCCCAGAGCUCAGAAAAGUAGUCCAUUCAUCCUCUAUAACUGCUAUACAAUAUCUUUGUUAAAAUGCCAAGAAGAUUUAUCCUAAAAGAAGGCACCAAAGCAAUAGGGUUUUUAAGUUGUGGUAUUUCAACAGAAGAGUAAACGUCACUCAAGAAUUUUGCAUCCUCCUCUGGAAAAGUCAAGAGGAAUUUUCCAGAAAACUGCCUUCAAGCUUCAUCUGCACCAUCAGCUCUUCCAUAUCCCCAGCCUGCUGGCCCCACACUAUAAAUUUUGGACUUGCCAGCUAAAAUUUACA